AUGCCAAUUGCACAUCUAGCGCAACACCGCCCCAUGAAAGCCCGUGCGGCAAAUAAGCGAGACCACAACGAUUUGGGUGGCAUACGGCGGUCCGUCUUGAGGUCUUUCCAGCGACUCUUCGACGAACAUCUCCACGACUCGACCACCCCACCAGCCGCCAACAUGCCUUCCGAAGUCUCCGACAUCAAGCAGUUCAUCGAGAUCUGCCGCCGCAAGGAUGCCCAGUCCGCGCGCGUGAAGAAGAACAAGAAGGUCAACAACAUCAAGUUCAAGGUCCGCUGCUCGAGGAACGUCUACACCCUCGUCCUCAAGGACACCGACAAGGCCGAGAAGCUCAAGCAGUCGCUUCCCCCGGGUCUCACCAUCUCCGACGUCGGCAAGAAGAACCCCAAGGGCAGGCACGCUGCCGCGUAA